CGCAGGGUCCUGAUUGGCGCCGCCUGAAGGGAAUAAAAGUGGGUGCGCUCGGCCGGGCGGGCAGUACACGGCGGAGAGCGUCCUGGUCGCGAUGUCGCGCUCGGUGAUCUUUGCCCUGCUCGGGCUGCUCUGUCUGGCUGGCCUGGAUGCUGUCCAGCGUCGUCCAAAGGUUCAGGUUUAUUCUCGGCACCCACCAGAGAAUGGAAAGCUGAAUUUCCUGAAUUGCUAUGUGUCUGGAUUUCAUCCAUCUGACAUUGAUAUUACCAUGUUAAAGAAUGGAAGGAAGAUAGAAAAGGUGGAGCAGACCGACUUGUCUUUCCACAAGGAUUGGUCUUUCUAUAUGCUGACCCAGACUGAAUUCAUCCCCAAUGAGAAGGACGAUCUUGCCUGCCGAGUGAAUCAUACCACUCUCACUGAACCGAUUGUAGUUAAGUGGGAUCGAAACCUCUAAUCAGCAUCAUGGAGGUUUGAAAAUGUCUGAUUUGGACAAGACUAAUUCCAAAUACUGAGCUUUUUUUCUUUUUAAUAUUGAUAUGCUUGUUUACUUCAUGCACAAAAUGUAGAAAAUUAUGAUGAUGUCUUCUUUGUAAUUCUGUGUUGUGCAGACCUAUACCUGGGCUAGACACUCUAAACCUCUGGGUGAGCUCAAAUCCUUUGGUUUUAGCUCUGGCAACUUAGGUGGGAAGGAAAGAAUUUUCAUGUUCAACACCAAUAGCUUGGUCAAUUCUGAACUGCAAUCUUUUCUGCACACAAAGCUGGAUAGUAUGACAGUUAUGCAUGUUCAAGUUAACCCCAAUCUGCGUACUUUGCUUUUUAGAAAUAGAGAAAAUAAUGAUAUUCAAUUUUUAGAAAUAUUGGAAGGACAUCGGAAAUUUUUUAUAAUGGAUUUUCUCAUAUAAAAUUCAUAUUUACAUUUGUUAAAGUGAGACAUGAUUGGCAGAUUUUGUGUUAUUAAUUAAAACAAUGGUAAAACUUGA